GCGUUCUUGACGUAGAAGGCCUUGGGACGGCUCAACUUCGGCUUCGCGGGGUCCCUCCUGAGUGGGGGGUCCCUGACCCUCUCUGCUCUGCAUUGUCCGCUGAUCCCGCGCAUCCCGAGCUCACCUUCCAACUUCCCUUUCUUCCCAUCUCCAUGGCCUUAGCUUGCAUUCCUGGCCCCACAGGCUUGGCGCCCACUCCAUGCUCAUACUGUUUCGUCACUCUUCUGCCUGGGCUGCCCCUCUCAGACCAAAGAGCUUUGGCAAUCGUUGUCAGAAACUUGUAUUUAAGUCUUCAAGGCUGCAUCUUUCUCCAAAGGCAGAUGUGAAGAACUUGAUUUCUUAUGUGGUGACCAAGACAAGAGCGAUUAAUGGGACAUACCAUCGGUUCUUGGGUCAUCAUUUCCCCCGCUUCUAUGCCUUAUACACAGUCUUCAUGAAAGGAAUACAGAUGUUAUGGGCUGAUGGCAAAAAGGCUAGAAGAAUAAAGGCAAAUAUGUGGAAGCACAAUGUAAAGUUUCAUCAACUUUCUUACCGGGAGAUGGAGCAUUUGAGACAGUUCCGUCGAGAUGCCACCAAGUGUCUUUUCAUAGGUAUCAUUUCCAUUCCACCCUUUACCAACUACCUGGUCUUCUUGCUAAUGUACCUGUUUCCUAGGCAACUGCUUGUCAAGCAUUUCUGGACCCCCAAACAACAAAUUGAUUUCUUAGACAUUUAUCACAGUCUCCGGAAGCAGUCCCACUCAGAAAUCAUUACUCAUUUAGAAAGGGCCAGCGCUCUUGUUUCUGAUGAGAGGCUGCGGUGGCACCUGAAAGACCUGUGCACCAAGGUGCAGAACGGCGCCCACCCAACAGCACAUGACAUCCUGGCUCUCAGGGAGUGCUUCUCUACUUGGCCUCUGGGCUUGAAUCAACUGCAGGCUCUGCACAUGAGAGCCUUGAGCCGGGCCAUGCUCCUCACCCCUUACCUGCCUCCCGCCUUGUUGAGAUGGCGUUUGAAAAGCCACACCACUGUGAUACACCAGCUGGACAGGGCUCUGGCAAAGCUGGGGGUUGGCCAGCUGACUGCUCAGGAAGUGAAAUCGGCUUGCUAUCUCCGUGGCUUGAAUUCUACCCAUAUUGCUGAUGAUAGGUGUCGGACUUGGCUGGGAGAAUGGUUGCAGAUUUCCUGCAGCCUAAAAGAAGCUGAGCUGUCCCUCUUGCUGCACAACGUGGUCCUGCUUUCCACCAACUACCUUGAGACAAGGCGCUGAGUGAACCCUGGAGAGAAUGACAUUGUCCUGCAGUUGCAGAGUAUAGUAGUGUGGGACCAAAGAGCACUUGUCAGCAGUCUGCACUAUUAGCGUGGGAGGCAGUGGAGCACGCUACCUAUCGCUACCUAUCUGGGAGCUACAGACAUUCCUUCACAGCUUGAACUAAACAAACGCCUGUGUGGUGCCAUCCCAUCAUGCUAACCUGGAACUGGCAAGCACCUCUGGUACUAGGCUUGUAUUGUGAUGUAAUGUUUAGGUCCUAUUGAGUCAGUUUUUGCCCAGGUGGGAAUCAUUUGGCCUAAAAUUCAUGACUGCCAAGGUUUGUUUUUAAAUUUCUAUUUCUUUCCUCUGAGACGAGUCUAUGUUGCCCAGGCUCACCUCAAAUUUCUGUGUUCAAGGGAUCCUCCCACCUCAGGCUUCUGGGUGCUGGGACUACAGGUCUGUAUCACACUGGCUUCACUGCCGUGUUCUUUACAGCCAUGAAGGUUUUUUUGUUUUUGUUUUGGUUGUUUUCUUGAGAAACUGUCUCACAUAGCUGAGGAUGACUGUAAACUCCUGGCCUUUCUACUUGCACCUCCCUCCAGGCGCUGGAAUACAGGGUGGAGCACCACACAAAGCCCUGUAAGGUGUGAGGAGCUGGCCAAGGGCUUUGCUGUGCUAGCCAAGUGCUGUCCACUGGCCUUUCUCACUGGAGAAUUUCUGGGUGCCAAGAGCACUGCUGCUUAGACUGGAGCACUAACACCUGGGCCUGCACCUGGACACCCCUGCCAAUCUUUUCUUAUCCCUUUGCCCCCCUUCUUUUUUUGGCCUUUUUGAGACAGAGUCUCACUAUAUAGCCCAGGCUGGCCUGGAAUUCACUAUAUAGCCCAGGCUGGCCUUCAGUUCCUGGCAAUCCAUUCUGCCACAGCCUCCUGGGAACUGGGAUUAUAGGCAUGAGCCACUAUGCCUGGCCCAUCCUUUUUGAUGUGACCAAAAAUAGGGACACUUUUCCUCUUCACUAGCAUGGAUUGUUCACCCUCUUUCUUUUAAUAUUCUCUUAUGGGUACAUCCUAAAGGAGGUGAAAAGGAAAGGACCGGCUGCUUGGCCCUCCCCUGCACUUAUCCCCCGAGCGUCUUAAUUUUCAGGCUGUCACACAGCCCCUAAGGCCCUUAUGUGUUUGCUACCUCCACUGUGUUGCACUAAGCCAUCUGUAGUCAGCAGUGGCUGCCUUCUUUAGGCCAUGGGUCAAUCGCAUAAGGUACUCAUUACUGCUGAGCUGGGAGAUGAGAUCUGCACAAGAUAGUAAGCUGGGUUUGGCUGUUGUGUGUGAUAACUUAUUGUAAAUGCAUGAAGCACUGUUUUUAAACCCAAGUAAAGACUGCCUGAAACCAGUUUUUGGGAAUUACUUAUGCACACUCUACUCAUUUUCCUAUGGCUUCAUUUUGUAAAACUGAUGUAACCUAACUAAUGGGCAUUUAACUGGUUGGAACAGAAUUUUUUGAUGGGAUGAAAAAAAUUGGAUGGAAUUAUUUAAUAUUAUCUAUCAGACAUACUAGAAUGGUAAUCAGAAAUAGGGAAAAUUAUAACUGCUGACAGCAGGGGUCAAGCAGGCACAUAAGGAAAUCCCAGGCAGGACAGGUUCUUUGUGCUCUAAAGACAAUAAAUCUACAUUUCUGUCA